CCUGCUUGGUUGUUUGAGUACGAGAAUGAAUUAAGUAUCCGGGGUCCCAUUGAAUCGCGGGUCCCAUUGAAUCGCGCAACGUGAUUGGCCGCGCCGGGAGGUACAUAUUGAAGCGCCCGUCUCUCUUGUCAGCAGCAUGACAUAGCGCCCUAAAUCAGGCAGGCGCAAUUGGGAGAGCGAUCUUUUGCGAUCGACCCUCAAACAUCUACAGCCACCCUCACCAGGUCUCCAAGCCAGACACCCUUUCAAAACUUGUAACAUAUUGCACUCCGCCGAGCACACGAAUGUCUCUCGCGACGCCUACCGCCGACGACAUUGAGGACCUGCUGCUAUCGUGCCGCUACGGCGACCUCGAGGACGUCCAACAGUUCGUCGAUCGCUUCGGCCCCGACCCGCUCAACGACGCACGAGAUGAGCGCGGAAAUACCGUCUUGCACAUGGCGGCGGGAAACGGCCACACAGAAACGCUAGAGUACCUCCUGCGCCACGUCUCGCCUGCACUAUUGUCUGCACAGAAUGACGCGCGGUCGACAGCGUUGCACUGGGCGGCCCUCAACUCCCAUCUUGCAGUUGCUCAGGCACUCGUCAAGUUUCCGAACGGACCGGGCCUGGACCUCAUCGAUGUCAAGAACGAGGCAGGCCGCACGCCCCUCGGGGAGGCGGAGAACGUCGGAUGGGAGGAGGGCGCGAAGUGGUUCGUGGAGGUGAUGAACCUCGACGAGAGCGCGAAGGGCGAGGAGCUGCAGGUGGCGGAGGACGCGGAGAAGAUCGAGGUGGAAAUCCAGGAUGCCGAGGGCCAGGUCGCGAAAAUGACCAUCGGACAACGGCCUGCAGACGCGGCCCCCUCGGACCCUCCGAGUGCGACAUAGCAUCGUGCCUACGACAGGCUUCUCCCAAA